AGGGUGAAUGAAUGGAAAUGGUGGAAAAUGGGUUUCGUCGUUUAGCUAGUUCCCAUUAUUCGUAGAGACUAGAGAGGCCUUAUCUUUCUUCUUCCACCUCCAUACUCUUCCCUACAAAAAUUAAGUUCUAAAAAAACAAAUCUUCAUUUAUUAUGCUGCAAUAAGGCAGAAUGAACGACUGUGUUCCAGAUUUCGAAAUCCAAAUGGAGGAAGAGGAAGAAAACCCAAUUCCUGUCUCAAAGAAAGCUUCUACGCAAAACGACGACAUCAUGGAACUCUUGUGGCAAAACGGCCAGGUCGUCAUGCAAAGCCAAAACCAACGACCCAUCAGAAAACCGCCGAGGGAGAUUCGAUCCUCCGAGCCACAAAACUACGCUAAUAACCAACACCUGUUCAUGCAAGAAGACGAAAUGGCUUCGUGGCUCCACUAUCCAAUCCACCAAGAUCCUCCUCCCUUAGAUCACCACAAUUUUUCCGCCGACAUCUUCUACCCGCCGCCAAACGCCGCCCUGCAAUGCUCCGUUCGCGCCGACCACCUCCGCCAUCCGCCUCCUCGGCCUCCGAUUCCGCCGCCGAGCAGGAUGCACAAUUUCGUGCACUUCUCCAAGCACGCCAAUGCGUCGCUCAGUUCGAAGGUCGCGGCGGCGCAGCCCACGGUGGUGGAUUCGUGCGACACGCCGGUUGCCACGGCGGACCGCGUGGAAACCGCCCGAGCGAGCGGCGGUAAACCGGCGGCGCCUGGCGGAGGAAGGGAGACGGCGACGUGCGACAUGACGGUGACGUCGUCGCCCGGCGGUUCGAGCGGGAGCGCCGAACCGGAUCAGAGAGAAGCGGCGGUGGACCGCAAGAGGAAGGGAAGGGAAGCGGAGGAAUCGGAGUUUCAGAGCGAGGAUGUCGAUUUUGAAUCUCCGGAAGCUAAAAAACAAGUCCGUGGUUCUACAUCUACAAAGAGAUCUCGUGCUGCUGAGGUCCAUAAUCUCUCAGAGAGGAGGCGACGAGAUAGAAUUAAUGAAAAGAUGAAAGCUUUGCAAGAACUUAUACCUCGGUGCAACAAGUCUGACAAAGCUUCGAUGCUGGAUGAAGCAAUUGAGUACUUGAAGUCACUGCAAUUACAAGUGCAGAUGAUGUCCAUGGGAUGUGGCAUGGUGCCUAUGAUGUUUCCUGGAAUCCAGCAGUAUAUGCCGCCAAUGGGAAUGGGCAUUGGCAUGGGGAUGGGCAUGGAAAUGGGAAUGGGAAUGAACAGACCUGUAAUGACAUUUCCAAAUAUGUUAGCUAGUUCGACUUUGCCAGCGGCAACUGCAGCUGCUCAUUUGGGACCAAGGUUCCCCAUGCCUCCUUUCCAUAUGCCUCAUGUUGCCGCACCCGAUUCAUCCAGAGUGCAAGCAGCAAAUCACUCAGACAAUACUAUGCUUAACUCACAUGGUACACUAGAUCCAGAUCAAUCACGUAUCCCAAACUUCACCGAUCCUUAUCACCAAUACCUACAAUUAAUGCAGGCAAUGAACCAACCAAAUGUCAGCAAGCCUAGUACCAGUAGGGGUCAAGAGAAUCCAGAAAAGCAUCAGUCAGACGAAACAUGAUUGGUUGAUAUGUACAAUCUAGCGUUGACAAUUCAAAUGGUGCUGCUUACUUAUGGAUCGCUGGUAGCAGUAACUCUCACAUCAGGAUCAGGGGAUUGUAAGUCUUUCUAGUGAUAGUGCACAAAACAAGGAUAUCUAUCAUUAACAAUGGCUUGUGCACUUUGCAGGUUAGCUUUUCCGGCAUCUUCUUAGCGGUGUAAUAUACGAGAACUAACCUUUUAGCAGUUCUCAGUAACAAGCUAAUCUGUAAACGUACGGCUAACAUGUAAAUUAUUUUCACCCUUGGACUAUUUCUGUCCCCUUCGUUUUGCCCUGCCCUUUUUACCCCCACUUAAAAGUUCAUACUAUUUUAGAGAUUAUUUGUUAUGGGAAGUGUAGUUCUCUAUACAGUCUACAAUAAACGUAGAAGAUCCUCUCUGUUUA